AUGCCGCAGCAGGAGGCCAGGAAGCUGCUCUUCCGCGACGGCGUGCUGGUGCAUCGGAGUGAGCCGGAGAUUAAGACGCAUACUUCGUAUCUGGUCUUUGCGGUGUUGCCGGUCGAGUGGUCGGAGCGGGAGGAGGAGGAGGCGAGGGAGAAGUGGGCGGCGGGACGAAGGGAUGGGGAGGCGGAGGUCGGGAUGGGGAAGGGGAAGGCGACUAAGAGUCUGAGGCAGGCUAAGCGCGAGGCGAGGCUGAAGGCGAGGGCGGAGGGAGAGACGAAAGAAAAGGAAGGGGUCAUGCAGGCUGCGAUUGCGGAGCCGGAGGAGGUACCGGCUGAAGGUGGCGGUGGUGCCGUGGGAGAAGAGGAUGACAGUAUGAAUAUAGAAUCCUGA